AUGUGGGAUUUAAGUGGGUAUCAGGACGCUGUUGUGUGGUGUGCCAAUCGAGAUCAUCCCAUUGGAGACAAUGCAACACUUCAUCUUACAUCAGAACAAGGUUUGGUAUUAAGGGAUGUAGAUGGAAAUUUGGUGUGGUCAACCAAAACCUCGAACCUUUCAGUUAGGUCUAUCCAUUUGCAAGACGAUGGGAAUUUGGUCCUUUUGGACGCAAAAGGGAAUAGCAUCUGGGAGUCAUUUGAUAACCCAACCGACACUUUACUGGAUGUUAGGCAUGGUCUUCCCGUAGGACAUAGAUUAACAUCCAGCAAAUCAACUUCAGAUUAUUCCGCUGGGAUGUAUUGUGUUAAAUGGGAAUCUGAUGGUCUUCAUGCUUAUGUUGAUUUGAAUCCUCCACAAGAAUAUAGAUUCUUGGAGUAUAGUACCUACCACGACAUAGUAUUCCAAAGUUUAUACUAUGCUAGUUAUGAUGGUUUUAAUCUAAGUUAUAUGCUUCUUACUGCCACUGGACGCCUAAAAUGGAUCAACUGGAAUCAAAGCGACUGGAAUCAAAGCGCUCCCAUUAUUGAUUAUUUUGAAGAUGUGAAGUUUGGUGAUUGUGCCUACCCAAGAACUUGUGGAAACUACGGGAUUUGCGUAAAUAAAACUGAGUGCGGUUGUCCAAUGGAGACUGAUGAAGGUGGCGUGCUUUAUUUCCAGCCAAUUAACGCAUUUAAUUCCUCUUUAGGAUGUAGUCUUGUUAAUCCUCUAGCUUGUCCCGACAAAGACCUCCAUUAUUUCUUACAGCUUGAAAAUAUUGACUACUUCGAUUCUACUCCAUCGCUCACAGGAACAGAUAUUCAGAGUUGCAAAAGUGCAUGUUUACAAGAGUGUUCCUGCAAAGCUGUCAUCUUUCAUUACCAUAAUGAUACCUCAUUUGGUAAUUGUACACUACCUUCAGAGAUUCUCACUUUGAAGGAUACUGGAGGAAGACAUAAUGUCGUUACAUUAAUCAAAAUGCAAAAGAAAACUUCAUCGCACAGAAUAUUAGUACUUUCCGUUUCUGCUGGCUUGAUAGUCUUGGUGUUGGUUACUGGAGUAUUUGUUUUUGUGUUUAUGAAAAAGAGAAACAGAGCGAAAGACUUUGAUUGUUCCAAUGACGUUUUUGUUGAUACAGUAAAGCGGUUUUCUUUUGAAGCACUAAAAUUGGCAACCCAAGACUUCCAAACAAAGCUUGGUCGAGGAGGAUUUGGAUCAGUUUUUGAAGGUACACUAGAUGAUGGAACAAAAGUUGCUGUGAAACGCCUAGAUUCAUUAAGCCAAGGGAGGAAGGAAUUCCUGGCAGAGGUCAAUACAUUUGGCAGCGUACACCACUUCAACUUAGUGAGGUUGCUCGGAUUUUGUGAUGAUGGAUUGAAUAGACUUCUUGUCUACGAAUACAUGUGUAAUGGGUCACUUGAAAAGUGGAUCUUCAACCAAGACGUAUCACUAGCACUUACCUGGAGUGUACGCCAAAAGAUUAUUAAUGGUGUGGCUGCGGGACUUGAAUACCUACAUACACACUGCAAACAAAAUGUGAUCCAUUUUGAUAUCAAACCUCAGAAUAUACUCCUAGACAAAGACUUCAACAUCAAGAUUUCUGAUUUCGGCUUAGCAAAAAUGGUUGACCGUGAUCAAAGCCAAGUUAUGACCAUGGUAAGGGGGACACCGGGAUAUAUGGCUCCAGAGAUGGUUACUGGUCGUGCCAUCUCAGUUAAGGUCGACGUCUACAGCUUUGGAGUUCUUGUCCUAGAAAUUGUGUGUGGCCGUAAGAAUUUUGGUUCAUCGGAAGGUGAUUGUCUCACUAACUUGGUGAAGGUGAAGGCUGAUGAGGAUCAACUCUCUGAUCUAAUCGACGAGCACGGGGAAGAUAUGCAACAACACAAGGGAGAAGCUGUGAAGAUGAUGAAGAUUGCAAUAUGGUGCUUGCAGCCUCACUUCAUCAGGCCAACUAUGUCAAUGGUGGUGAAAGUUUUACAGGACCUUCCAAACAUGGAAGCCUUGAGUGAUCUCAGUUACUUAACUAUGGUCCAAGAAGCUGCUCCAGCGGAGACAAAUUAUGAAUUUUCAGUCCGCCCGACAGAGUCACUUUUGUCUGGACCGCGUUAAUCUGCAGCUAGUCCUAUCUCGAGUUUCUUAGCUGCACUUGUGGCAGCAUUAGAACUCUACACUAUCUUCUAUGGAUGUCAUCAGAACUCUACACUAUCUUCUAUGUUUUUUCAGGUAAAUCAAAUAGCCAUAGCUCUUGCUUGUACCAGUUCGUCUUCCUAUUUAUGUAUUCUCAAUACAAUAAAUUAAUGUACUGCUGAAAACUAGCAUCUGCUUACUUAAUCUGUAUUCUAUGCUUCCAUCUGUUUAAUCAGUAAUCUAUACUUCUAUCUGUUUAAUCUGUAUUCUAUGCUUCAACUCGUAUCUCUUUUUUUGCGCCCUUCUUGUUUUUAAAGAUUGUGUAAUUAACAACAAAAUUUCAGGUAAUAAUUAUGAAAUCCAACUAUCAAAGUUAUUUAGGUUGGUUAACCAUUCAGGUUAUGAAUUCUCCGAUCAAUGAAGAUUUAAAAAACCAAUGAUCAAAAAGUAUGUAUUCUUAUUUCCUAUACAACACUAAAAAUCUUAAUAGUUAGGAUCCAUAUCAAAUAGACAGAGAGUAAACUUUGCUGAAUUAAAAAAAAUAGCAUUUGGCACAUAACAACAUACAUAUUCUCAUAUUUCUGAAUUACAAUCAUUAUCUUU